AACCCGUUAUUGUCCGCUUUUUAGACUCACAGCACAUGAAACAUUUGAUUAAGCGCGACGUUAUGGCUAUCGGGCAGUUGUUAAACUGUUCGCAGUUCAGUUAGAAUUACGGUCAAAAUUACAGUAAACCCUCGAUUACAAACAAAUUUAGUUUUGGGGGAGAUGAAGUUAAUCUUCAAUGAUGAAAACGUGUUGCUGAGUGUGAGAACGGAAUCGUAGAUCCGGUCCGGACCGAUUAUACAAUGUUUUAUUGCACUGCAGGCAGGGGUACUGAAAUCUUUGCAGAGCAAGAGUUGGCAAUUCGUCAUAUAGACAGUGAGGCACACAUAACUGAUGGAAAGGUGUAUUUCAAGUGUGAUGCAGACAAUUAUGCUAAACUCUUUGAUCUAAAGUCUGUGGAAAGAGUGUUUGUUCAAAUAGAUCAUUUCAACACAAGCAAUAUUUGCACAAAAGGAAAAUACCAGUUCCUUAGAUCGCUGAAGGAAACUGUUGUAGAGAAGGACAAGUUGGAGUUAGCACUCGUCACACACAGACAAGUGACACAUCACCCUGAGCCUGGGGAACCUAGAGAGCCAUUAAACAAAAGGAGGAAGGUAGAACAUGGGGGAUCGAGUCUGCCAUCGCAUUCCCCAACUUUCCGUGUCUCCAGCAAAGUGGCAGGACAGUGGGGGAAAGCAUUCAGAGCAAGAAACUUUCAGGAGGUUUCUCAGGAGCUUGGAAGGGAUGUUGUGAGACUGCUUGGAUGGAAGGUUGAUUUGAGAAAUCCUGAAGCAGAGAUCUGUGUCCACAUCAAUGACGAGUCUGUGACUGUUGGCAUGCCUAUCACAAGGUGUCCAGUGUCCAAGAGGAAGUAUAUGGUCCAGCCGGGUCUGAGGUCCACUGUAGCAUGGAUCAUGGCACAUCUAGCAGACAUACAGACAGGUGAUGUGGUGGUAGACCCGAUGUGCGGGAAGGCCUCGAUCCUGGUUGAAGCCGUUCAAGACUCAAUGAUAAGCAAAGCACACUACAUGGGUUUUGACAUCAGUGAUGGGCAGCUGGGUCAUGCCAUGGAGAACAGGAUGUCUGCUGGCACACAGCUGCUGGACCUAGGAACAGCAAGUGUCCUGUAUUUACCCCUUCAAGAUCAGUCAGUGGACAAGAUUGUGUGUGAUGCUCCAUUUGGACACAAGCAUACUAUAGAAAUGAAGAUGGACUUAUUCUACCAGAUGCUGAUGCACCAGAUGGCAAGAGUUUUGAGGGUAGGAGGCACUGCCGUGGUGAUGACAAGUUCUGUCCUGAAAGCCACACUGCUCAGCUGUAUUCACACACCACAUAGAGCAGUAGCCCACAGCCCACUAACCAACAAGACAGAUGUGUCUAGCCAUAUACAUCAGACCCCUUGUCAAGAAACAAAGACAACGUCAACGGAAGAUGAAAACAGCAGUGGAGGACAUCAGGGUAAGGAUAAGGACUGUGUUGACAUCAGCCUGACAACAUCUGUGACCACAGGACCAAGUAGCAACACUCUUCUCAGAGCAGACCCUCCUUGUCAAGGUCCUGGAGUCAUUACGAAUAUGACUGUAUCAGACAUUAAGAUGGACAAAGUUGAGAGUGAGGAUAAAUCAGAUUUUUCGAAACAGCGUGAUAUUGAUGAAGAGUCCGCCAAUUCUGUAUGUGGAUCUGUUGCUGGUGUAGAGGAAGGUGUUGAACCCCGGGUAAGAGAUGUGGACAGUCCUGAGAGUAGGGGAACAUCAGGUGACUCGGACAAGCCUACUGAAUCUCUUCUACGUUUGUGCAGUGAGCACUAUAUAAAAUUAGGGGAAACUCAUGCAUUUAUUUUAGUUUUAAGGAAAGAAAAUAAAUCCUGAUGUCUUUU